GAUCAAUGAUGACCUUUAGUACGGGGCAACCAACACUUGCAUGUGUCAGCUGCUCUAACGCCGCUCCUCUCACUCAACGCAUUCGCUACGGCCUGAUUGAACACGUUGUCGAACGACUCUACCUCUUCUGCCAUGAGCACAAGGACUCGCUCAAUGCAAUCGCUCCCGCUAGAGCUUGUCGAAACCAUUCUGCUCUACUCAGCAAUUGGAGGCUUUCCGACAGCCAUAGCCUCUCUUGCUCAGACAUGUCGCUCGUUCCGAAAGCUCAUCUAUGACCCCGCAGACCACCACAUGUGGCGCGACAUAUUUUUCGCAACGUUCGAUGACCCGCGUGAUUCUCAGUUCUUUGAUAAUGCCGGAUUUGACUGGGGUGCGGAUUUCCGGCGAAUUAUUUGGGCUGAACGCUUUAUCAAGCGUCAUACGCAACCUCUACGUGUGCAGAAAGUGUAUAACCUGCGAUCCCGGACUGCAGCUACCUCAGUCGUCGAUCUAUCUCCGACGUACAGUACCGAGGACAGCGUUCGAGCGCUUCAGACAUUGAUCUCAGUCAUAAAGACAUGCGCGCCACGCCCCAGUGCUCCUGCAGUCAUGGUGCGGGAUAGGCAAGGAAAUCGCAUCCCUCCCGGCUCCCUUCUGCAUGGUCCGUCGCUCAACUAUGCGUAUUGGAACACACCCGAAAUUACCGCGCAUGUGGCGGCCUCUGCAUCGGCCAAUAUUCCUUGGCUACAGACAGUUCUCCGGAGGGGCCUUCCACCUGCACUCGUCGUCAAGGUAGCAGGGGAAUCACGGGACAGAGAGUGGGAUGUCACGCCGGAGGCACUCGCGAUUGGCGAGCUUAUAUGCUGCACAGGAUUCAUCCCAGUCCGGGAGCUACUUGAAGAACGUAUUGGGCGGCUGUCCUCAUCGUCGGCUUCAAAUUCGGGUCCGCCAUCAAGCUCUCGUGGCAUAUCAAGUCUGGACAUGAGUCUAGAGUCGCAGCAGAAGCGAGCGCGUUAUCGUGCACGCGAGGUCGUCUAUAAUAUUAGAUAUCUCGAGCGACGAAGGAAUUGGGGACCGUAUCUCCCAAUCUCGGAUGACGGGGCAGUGGAGAAGACGCCAUCUAAACGGUUACACCGUUUGUACACGGACAACUCUGACUCUGAUUCAGAGGACGAUACAGACUGGCUUCCCGGGAACACCGACGAGUCAACGUCAAUAUCCUCCGCUGUGACUUCCGAUGGUACAAAACCAAAGUCAGGACCAUCUACACCGCAUAGUGAUAGACCCGAACCUCCGACUCCUGAUAGAUUAUACCCUGAUUGGACAUGGUUGGCGGGUGCACGUAUAAUCAUGCAGGCGAAUUUGCAAGGUGAAGGAUUCACGCGCAUUCAGCAGUAUCUCAGAUGGGAUACUCUAAGGGAAUCGUGGACGGUCUUGAAACAUGGAGAGACCAAGACACAAAAUCAUGCAGCGCCCGAAACUGCAGAUUCCAGAGGGAAUCAGCUAGAUACUCAGUCGGACGGUGUUGCAGCACCAUGGGAUUGGGCAGGAGCAGAAGGAAUAUGGAGACGCGCUGUUUCAUGGUUCGGAUUCUCUGAUUUAGUCAAUUUCAACACGACCGAAUCUUCUGCCCGCGACAGCAUACAGGAGAACACGCUCAUCGUCCCUGUCAGGUUACGAGUCGUGGGCUACGGGCCUCCAGCUGUUCCUGAAUACCCUGAUCGCCCAACCAUUCUGAUAGAAGGCGAGACUGGCGGCGCCGACUGGGAAGGCCACGACGGAGAUGACGACGACGACAUCCGGAGAAUUCAUGGCACGGUGAGUAUGAUUGCGGACGGAAAUGUCCGCUGGGCCAUGUACACCAGUCAUGAGGAUGAUCCUACCAGAGAUCAGUGGAUACUGGAAGGGGUUCAAAUCGGCGUCAUCGGCUCAGAAAUAGGAAUGCUUGGUACGUGGACAGGUGCAGGACAUGAUCGUAUGGAUGCAAUAGGACCUUUUUGGCAGUGGCGAGUUGCAUAAGCGGUAACGGCCUGUAUAAGGUCUUCUUCUCGUUUGGGUGGUCCGUUUUGCCUGAACGAAUCAUGCACGCUUUUGCUGCGGAGCGAUAUGACUCAAUUGAGUGCUAGAGCGGAGCACCCAGGUAUUUGGCGUCUCUUCGGCGACUGCGCGCAUUGAGUCGUUGCUUCGGUUGUUCAUUCAGGCACUACUGUACAUAUCCUCAUAACUGUUGCGAUAUCGGGAAAUCACGGUUGAUAAACAGGCCCCUAGAAUUGUUUCUGUCCGAUAGCACUGUUGAUACUUGACACCUUAUAUUAAAUUCUGAGAUUCGCGGCUCAC